AUGUCAGAUAGUCCAAUAUAUCAACCCUUGGAAGAGUUAAAACAACCCCUUUCUCAGGAACAGCUUCAGAUCCUUAAGGAUCAAUUGAGAUCUGAAGAGCCAAACCCUUCUCCCCAGACAAAAUUUAACUAUGCUUGGGGUCUAAUUAAAUCGCCCCACUAUAAACAACAACAGGAUGGUGUUGCAAUCUUAGUUGAAUUGUACAAAUCAGAAGAAGGAAUGAGAAGAGAAGUAUUAUACUAUUUGAGUUUAGGUUCAUUUAAAGUUGGGGAUUAUACCAAUGCAAAAAGAUAUAUUGAAGCUUUGUUGUAUAGUGAACCUGAUAAUCAACAAGCACAGGCACUAUUGCAAACCAUUGACGAUAGAAUUACCACUGAUGGUUUGAUAGGCAUAGGUAUUGUAGGUGGUGCCUUGGCUAUUGGUGUUGGUUUGAUUGGUGCUUUGGUUAGAAGAAAGAGAAAGUGA